ACACAUUUAGGCUUUGUUGUGCACGACGGUGUUGCUCUCAUCGUGGUGAUUUUCAUUGUCGAAGUUGAUGUCUGCACAUCAAUUGUGGAAGGUGUUGACGUCAUGGUGGAAGUGGAUGUAUCGAGCUCUGUUGUCGCUGUGGUGGUCGAUACCGUUGAUUCCGCGAUUGUGUAAAUAACA